AUUUCCAAGUAUAUAGGAUUCAGCCCUGAAGAAAUCCGCCUCCCAAUUACGGAUGAAGAUAAACAGCUUUUUCGGGAAUUAAUAACAGAUCAGGAGAUGAUUGAUACAGUAAUGAAUGAGUAUCGAUUUUUACUUCAUUACGGACAUAACUACAAGGGGGGAUAA